AUGCUUGUUAAGAGUGUGAUCCUUGCAAUCACCCAAUAUUGGAUGCAAUGCCUGCCCCUUCCUAAAUCUGUGAUUGCUAAAAUUGAUUCCCUAUGUAGGACUUUUGUGUGUACUGGUAAGGUAGAUGCUAGUAGGAAAAGCCCAGUAGCUUGGAAUAUAGUUUGCAGGCCCAAAAGUCAGGGAGGGCAGGGUAUAAUCAAUCUUGCUACUUGGAAUGUGAUCACUAUGAUGAAGUGCCUUUGGAAUCUUUGCAAGAAAUCAGAUAACUUAUGGGUGAAGUGGGUUCAUAUGUAUUAUCUGAAAGGGAAUGAUAUUAUGACUGUGCAAGUUUCCACAAGCUGUUCUUGGAUUUUCAAAAGGAUUAUGGAGAUGAGAGGGACUGUUCAGCAAAUGCAGGUGGAGUGGAAUCGUUUGCUUGCCUCUAACAGAUUUAAUAUGUCUAUGCUUUACAAUUUUUUAAAUGACAGGAUUAAAAAAGUGGACUGGAGAUAUCUGUUUUAUAAGAAUAAAGCGAGACCUCGUGCUCAAUUCAUUGCGUGGCUUAUUUGUCAUGGAAAGCAAGCUACCAAGGAUAGAUUGGUGAGGUUCAAUUUGAUAACAGAUGCCAAUUGUGAUCUGUGCAGGAACUGUGAGGAGAGUUGGGAUCACCUCUUCUUCGAAUGCCCCUCCAAUUAUGAUAUCUGGAAUCAAGUUCUGCAGUGGCUGAGUUUUGCUCAUCGCCCCCUGUCGUGGCAUGAUGAAUUACAGUGGAUAAAGCAAGAAACUUCGAGGAAGGGUAGCAAAGCACAACUCCUGAAAAUGGCGUUCGCUGAAACAUUAUAUGUGCUAUGGAAUAGGAGGAACAAUAUUAUCUUUAAUCACUCUAAUAGUAUAGAUCAUGUAAAUAUCAUUAUAGAUGCUAUAGUUUACAAGAGUUGGGCCUAUAGGAAGCUUAGAGAUUAUAUGGCCCAACUAUUACUAUAA